UGUUCUGGGACAGCAGCCCAGCCUUCCCCCGUGUCGAGCUACACCUGGGACAACGUGUCGGGAUGAUUCACCCGCAGCGAUGCGGUAAAAGAAAAGACGAAAACCUCUCGGCGGUGUAGUUAGACGCUGGUCAGACUUUAAGCAGUGUGAAGUUGGUUAUUAGGUGAGUUUACCUCUUUGUUUUAGCUAAUAGCGAGAGGUUAGCUGCUGCUACUGCUGCUUCCGGGGGAGGACAAAACCCUCCACACAGAAAAUCAAAAUGAAGACAUGGAGAUAACACUGCUGACUGUGGAUUAUAGUUUCACUUUUACCGUUUGAGUGGAUUUACCUUUUGAGAUGCAGACCUUAUACUGAAAUAUACUGGACACAGUUUUUGAGGAGAUAAGCAGCUGUGUAGAAAAGGACGCAAAAUUUCCCCUGUGCAGCGGAUGUUUAGACUGAGCCAAUGGCUACAACAGAAAUCAAGGUUUCCAGCAGCAGCAGCACUGCAGGCCUGUCAUGGGCGAGGGUUUGUAAGGAGUGUGGCCAGCAGCAUGAAGGCCAGGACAGUCACCUGUACGAGUACCAGGAUGAAGUGGACGAUGAGCUGGUUUGCCACAUCUGUCUGCAGCCUCUGAUCAAACCUAUGGACACCCCUUGUGGCCACACCUAUUGCUUUCAUUGCCUGAGCAACUUUUUGAAGGAGCAGGACUUCUGCCCUGUGGACCGCCAGCGGCUACAGUUGCACCAGUGCCGUCCCUCCAGCCUGCUGGUCAGGAACCUGCUGGACAAGCUGAUUGUGAUGUGCCCUCACUAUGCAGACUGCCAGCAGCAGAUGCAACGCUGUGAACUACAGCCUCACCUGCACAAUAGAUGUCCUGUUUUUAGAAGACUAAGGGAGGAAGCAGAGAAGAGGAAGAGGCCCUCUUGGAACGAGUUAAAGGGACGCAAGGGUGACAGCGAGCCGUCUGGUGAUGCUAAACAUUCAGCAACUAUAUCCCGAAAUCCCACAAGAGAUCAGCCUGAGCCUGGGCUAAUUAAUCCUGCCUUUGAAGAAAGUGAGGAUGACAACACCCCCCUGCGCUCCAGUCUGGUAGCUGAGGCCAAUGUGGUGGAGCUGUUCAGAGAGGAGCCUGAGCAGGAGCUCGGCCUGCGCAUCGUGGGGGGAAAAGAUACACCGCUGGGGAAUGUAGUCAUCCAGGAGAUUGUCCGGGACUCGCUAGCAGCUCGCGAUGGCAGACUGGCCCCAGGGGAUCAUAUCUUAGAGGUGAAUGACGUCAGUCUGGCUUCUGUCCCCCACUCCCGGGCUAUGGCAGUGCUGUGGCAGCCUGCCCUCCUUAGGCUCACUGUUAUGCAGGAGAAAGGUUUCAAAUCAAGAGAUCAACGCUCUGAUCAUCACCCAUCCUCAUCCUCCACUUCCACUGGCACCCAGCCUUCUCACAGUCCCCAUGGCAAUGCUACCUCCAAUCACAACCCUGGCACAGUCCUGCAGGUGACACUUAUGAAGAGUGUGCGUACCGAACCACUCGGCAUCAAACUCAUCCGCAAAUCAGAUGAGAGUGGGGUUUUCAUCCUGGACCUCCUGGCCGGGGGUUUGGCAGCCAAAGACGGAAAACUGAGGAACAAUGACAAAGUUUUGGCCAUAAAUGGACACGACCUGAGGCACGGUACACCUGAGAGCGCUGCCCAGAUCAUACAGGGCAGUGAGGUGCGUGUGAACUUUGUGGUGAUGAGGCCUGCAGAGACUCACGAAGAAGGAGGAAGUAGCAGAGAAGGACACAGCAGAGUAGCCAGGAGGGCGCCUGAGCAGCAGUACUUUAGACGGCGGUCCACCUACAUGAAAGAUCCUCCAGGUGGGUUUUCCAGCCAGGAGAAGACAGUGAGCCUGAAGAAGGAGCCUCGGCAUUCCCUGGGCAUUACCAUCGCUGGAGGGAGAGACUGUCGCAGCCGUCUGCCCGUCUACAUCACAAGUGUGCAGCCUAUCGGCUGUCUGCACCGAGAUGGCACCAUCAAAAGAGGUGAUGUUCUGUUGAGUAUCAAUGGUGUAGACCUGACCCAGCUGACAUACAGCGAGGCCGUUUCUGCACUGAAGACGCAGACAGCUCAGCCCCAGGUGGUGCUCCGUGUCAUCCAGACCAUCUCCGAGGACUCAGAGGAGGACCCCGAGGCUGCCAGCAAGGAUGAAAUGGAUCCCAUGGAUGACCCACGAGAAGACACCCUCAACUGGACUCCGCUGUGGACUCGCUGGUUGGGAUUACCAAGUCAGAUGCACUGGUGCCGGGACAUUGUUCUGCAAAAGACCAACAAUGAGAGCUGGGGCUUCAGUAUCGUCGGAGGCUACGAGGAGAGCCACGGCCAGCAGCCUUUCUUCAUCAAAACCAUUGUGCCUGGCACACCUGCUCACUUUGAUGGACGCCUUAAGUGCGGUGAUGAAAUAGUGGCGGUAAACGGAGCCACAACAGUGGGAAUGAACAACUCGUCUCUCAUCCCCAUGCUCAAGCUACAGAAGAAUAAAGUCACGCUGACGGUGGUGUCCUGGCCGGGGAGUCUAGUGUAGCAAAAAAAAAAAAAACUUGCUCACUCUUGUUUUUCUUUCACUCACCCUGUUUGGUCUGCACACACACACACCCACGUUCAGCGGCAUUCUUUGCAGGACACACACUAUCCCUACCAUUUUGUCACUUAUGAAAUACAGAACAUGUGUGCACUUAAUCAUCACAUGUACAAAAGAAAAGACUUUUACAAGCAUAAACUCGGCAGGUAACAGGUGUGUUUUUAAUGUCUGCUGCACGCAAAGGGCCGUCAAUUGCAUAACUCGGUGAACACUUAGGGGUUUAAUCAGGGUGCAAACAUGAUGACAAUCAGUGAAUUAUAUGUUAGGAACAAACUGGAAGGAUUAUUUUAUUGGAACACCUUUUUUAUCAUUUUUUUGAAGCUCACUGUUUUUGCUUGCUUGUUAAAUUAUGUUAUCAUUUUGUUAGUUAUGAUUUGAUUCAAGUAAUUUACAGUACAGCAUCCAAAGAUGAAAUACAGUGCAAAUAUGUAGACUUAUAUAGAGAUGAGUACAUAUAACAAAAUGAUUCCUGACUGCAUAGACUGAUGCCAAAGACAGAAAAAUCAUCCUGUCGUAUACCUGUUGUACCACUAGUGUGAUUUUAUCAGCUUUUUUGUCUUGCACUUCUUAAAACCUUGCAACAGAAUGCUUUAUGAAGGAUAAUAAAGCCACGAUCGAAAUUUGAGUAUCGAAUCAGACAUUUGCUAUAAUUUACUGUAGUUUAUUUGCUGGAGUUGACUCAAGCUGCGUUGAAGUUCUUAAGGGCUUUAAAAAGGUUGGAUAUAUUUAAAAUGCAAAGAUACAGUCCUAUCCACGCAUUAAAUGUUAAUCACUAAAAUCUCACACACUACAAAAAUGAAUAACAAACCUGUAUAAAUGAUUUUGCACUGGCAGGAUACUGCUUGGGUCCAAGUUUAUUUCCUGUCAGCCAUUAAUACUGGCAAACACUGCAACAGGAAAUACAUUCAGGCAGAUUUAAAAACUCUGAGGUGGUGAACAAACCCCAUCCCAUCCAUUUCAGAUGUUUUUUGUCUUCCUUUUAAAAGGGUUUAUCAUCCAUAAAUAAAGGCAUUCAUCAGCUUUUCAUUUAUCAAUUGAUACAAGCCAAUUUACUAGUGGUCUGUAUUUACUUUUAAAUGAUAUAGUGACUCAUAAUGGCUUUUAUAAGUGGGUGCCUUGUAGACUCUGAAGGACAAACCAGAAUGUAUACUUGCCUUAAAUUGCCACAGUUUUCCCCUCAUGAUUUCUGCUCACUACAUACUGUAUAUUUACUGUUUGUAAGAAUUCCUCGCACAACGGCCUUGUUAAGAUAAUUUGUGUUACCUCGUUCUUUUUAUGUCAACACAUUCCCAGUGGCCUUUCUUGUAUUGAUACAAGACAUUAUUGAACAGUUCACAAUAUUGUUUUCAAGUCAGGCUGUGAAAUAAUGUGUUCGUUGGCCUGUCCACUGUUCCAUCAUGUUCAAUAAAAUCAUAUC